GGUAAACAAGGAAAAGUAAAAACGCCAUUUUCUGUUUUACGUCGUACGCAGUAAAUUAUUUGUGUAGAAAGAUAUUUUUUUACCUUUGGAAACAUCACAAACUACCUACUUUAAACGACAAAAAUGGCUAGUCGGAAGAAAGUUCUACUGAAAGUUAUAAUCUUGGGUGACUCUAGCGUUGGAAAAACAUCCUUGAUGAAUCAGUAUGUGAAUAGGAAAUUUUCUAACCAAUAUAAAGCCACCAUAGGUGCUGACUUCUUAACAAAGGAAGUUACUGUUGACGAUAGAACUGUUACAAUGCAAAUUUGGGACACUGCGGGACAGGAAAGAUUCCAGUCGCUGGGUGUCGCGUUUUACAGGGGGGCGGACUGUUGUGUCUUAGUGUUUGACGUGACUGCCCCGAACACGUUCAAAUCUCUGGACAGUUGGCGCGACGAGUUCUUAAUACAAGCAUGUCCGCGAGAACCCGAGAACUUCCCGUUUGUGCUGCUAGGAAACAAAGUAGAUCUGGAGCCUAGGGCUAUCUCCUCGAAAAGGGCGCAGCAGUGGUGCCAAUCCAAGAACAACAUCCCUUACUUCGAGACUUCCGCCAAGGAGGGCCUGAACGUGGAGCAGGCAUUUUUAGCCAUCGCCAAGAACGCCCUCGCCCAGCAAAACUCGACGGUGGAUCUCUACAACGAGUUCCCCGAUCAGAUAAAACUAACCAACACGCAGAAACCUAACAGUAACGGUGAUAGUUGCGCUUGCUAAAUUCUAGAUUUAUUAGUUGUCUUGGUUUUGUCGGUGCGGCCAAAGUUUUCUUUGACGUUUGGUCGCAUUGCUUGAAGAUCGUCAUAACAAAAUUUAACAGUGGACUUUCUUAGCUGGUCUAAUUUAUUUUCCGUUGAAAUUCUAUUUUUUAUACCGUAAAAGUAAAAAGUUGUUUCCUUUCAUGAUCUUUGUUUCUCUGCUUGUUUAAUUGUGAUAUCUUUUUCUAUAUAUAGAUAGAAGAAACCAUUUAAGCGUAGACUAUUAAUUGCUUUCUAGGCCCCCAAGAUCGGGGGCGAAAUUUUUAAAUUUAAUCCUGUACAUUUUUUCCAUGUCGCUUGUUCUGUUGGAAUUAUAUAUCGCAAUAUUUUCAAAUGUAAAUAAGGUAUACAAGAGGUUAUUUAUAUUAUAGUUGCCUUAACGUUAUUUGAGAUAAUUUUAAUCGUAUAUAUUUAAAAGAAAAAUUAAGAUUGUAAAAUAUAAUUUUCAUUUUAUUUUUAAGUAGCUAAUAAUCCAUAUCAAUAUUUCUUUUAUAAAUAGUACAACAGAAAUAUGUUUUACUUUUUUCUCAACACCGUAUUGUUCUGUGGGAACAACAUCACCGAUAGUUUUACUGGUUACAGAGUGUUUAGUAGUAUAAUUCGUUCGGGGUUACUGAAAUCGAUGGUAAUUAGAGGGCAGGAAAUUUAAAACACAUUCUUUGUACACAGUUAGUUUGCAUUAAAUCGUUAUGUUCCAUUAUUUUACUAUUUGAGAUGAGUUAUAUUGUAGAAUAUUACAAAUUUGUAUAUUAUUGAUAAUAUUACAAUAAACAUAUAUACAAAAAAA